AUGUUACUCUGCAAAUAUCGUGGGGGGAAGGUCACUGGAGAGGUGAACAAGGGAGAGACUUCCAUGUCUACCCAGAUCUCUGCGACUAUCAGCCACGACUUCUCCCUUCUCGCUUCCGGCUCCGAGGAUGGCAACUUGUGUGUCUGGACGAGAUAUCCAAGUCCUUCAGGUCGUCUGCUCGGGUACAGGAAGGACAGGAACAAUCAACCUCACGUCCUCAAGUUCUGCAAGAAUGCUUCAAGUGACAAGUUCAAGUUCCCCUCUGCUGCCGCUUUCCUCCCUGUCGAGGCAGUCCCCCGCGGGGGGGACAGGGAGAGGAGCCGCACCAAGUUUCGCUACCUUGCUGUGGGCAUGUCAACCGGGGAGGUCCAUGUGGUGCGUGUGGAGGAGGAAGUUAAACUGUCGGCGCUACAGCAGAACAUCGUGAUGGAGGGAGAUUCGCCUUCCCAGCUCUCCAUGUAGAGGCCCGGCAGCUUUAAGAUCUGAUGCGAGUCGCUGGAGGAAAGGAGGAGAAAGAGGCGAAGGCAUCGGCGGUCGUGUGCUCUAUGUACAGUUAUUUAUGUGAAGCUCCCCCGCUCCCGCC